GCCAUGGCACCCAAGGCGUCCCAGUCGUCCCAGUCAGAAUCGUUGUUGAGAAAAUCCUCAAGGUCUACCACGAAAGUGAAUACACUCAAGCUUGAAGCGGUACCAUCAUCUGCAAAGCGAAUUAACCCUUUAACGGCGUUCGUCAAUCUGCCUUCGUCGCAGCCGAAUCCAUCAUCGAAAGGAAAAGAGAAAGAGAAGACGCCUACUCAGGCUACUGUGCGAGAUGGCAUCCAUGAAAGUCAAGCACAGGGUGAAGAUAGCCAGCUAUGGGUGGACCUGUAUGAGCCUACUACAGAAGCCGAACUUGCCGUCCAUGUGAAAAAGGUCGAAGAUGUGCGACGUUGGCUUGCAGAAGCCUUUGAAGGUGGCCCUUCUGGGAAGCUCAGGAAAUACCGACGUAUCCUAGCUCUGACUGGUCCUGCUGGAACUGCGAAGACCACGACUAUGCGGAUUUUGGCACGUGAGAUGGAUUUUGAGAUACUGGAGUGGAGAAACUCUAUUGGAGAAAACGCUGCGAUAGAUACAGUAUCGGGACAGCCGUUUCCAGAAAAUGACCCAGACCGCGAAGCCCUGUUCUCUAAAUUUGAGAGUUUCCUCGCUCGUGCGUCGACCUGUAACAAUCUCUUCCGUGAUCCUGCGCCAUUGGUCUCUUCGUCUCAGGCGGCAUCUUCUUCCACGACACUUACUCAAACCAAUACUAACAGCAACAAACGGCGUAUCAUUCUUCUGGAAGACCUUCCUAAUCUCCUCCACAAUGGCACCAAAGACCGGUUUCACGCAGCGCUUCAGUCUCUUGUCGUUGAUCCUAGCCCAAAUCCAGUUCCUAUCGUUAUUAUAGUCAGUGACACCGGAAUGCGGGGAGAGGCAAGCGAUGAACGCCUUUCCGCUGGGUCUACAUAUCGGGAACAAGAUAGUGUUAUCGACGUCCGAACCGUCCUUCCUAAGGAUAUGCUGAACGGUCCAUAUGUUACUCAGAUACGAUUCAAUCCAAUUGCCCCGACGUUUUUGCGGAAGGCUUUACAGGCUCUGCUUGACCGUCACUUCUCGACCGCUAGGGGAGGAAAUUCUGUGCGACCGUCAAAGCACAUACUAGAUAUUAUCGUUGACAGCGCCAAUGGCGAUAUUCGAAGUGCAGUAAAUGCUCUUCAAUUUUCUAGUAUUGGCCAGAAGGGACGCAAGAAGGGUAAAUCAAGGGAGGCAAUGGUGAUAAUGGAAUCUGUGACGAGACGGGAGCAGAGCUUGGCUUUGUUCCAUCUUAUUGGAAAGGUUUUUUACAAUAAACGCAAGGGUGACCCUCCUGCGCUUUCUGCGAGCAAGAGAGAUAUAGAAAAAGAGAAAGCCCUUGAUGAAUCCCUGAAGGAUCCUCCCGAUCUACCUUCUUUCCUUUCAGAGCAUCAACGACGGACGAGUCGUGUCAAUGUCGAUAUCCUAUAUUCGGACUCUCCCAUCGACUCUUCGCUAUAUUCACUCUACUUGCACCAAAACUACACACAGUUUUGUAACGACGUGGAUGAGUGCGAUGGUAUUGCCGAUAACCUUAGUUGGGUCGAUUCCAGUGGGGGCGAAGCUUGGUAUCAAGCCAACCCACACCGAUUCCACCUGCUGACACUAGGGACAUUACACUCACUACCUACGCCAGUCGAACGUCGCUCACAGAAGAUAUUCAAGCCUGAAUUCUUCGAUUACCUGAACAAGGAGAAGGACGGAUGGGAAGGCGUGAGAGAUGUUCGUCGGUGGCUUGUUGAGAAGGUUGCUGCCGUGGAAGAUGCCGGCUGGCGUACUGGCGGGUGGAGCAAGACAGACGUUCCGAUAGAACUGGGAGGUGUUCUAAAGGCUCGGGAUGCUUCGCACUAUGUCACGGUGAUCAAAGGCCCUCCGGGCCACCGGUCGUUCAGCAACAUGAUGUUCGUAAGAGCAAUGGAAGGCGCUGCGGAGCAAUUGGGGGAAGCGGAGGCGGAUGGCCGAGAGGUCGAGGAUGAUGUAUUUCUCAACAGGGAAGACGAGACAGCGUCGCGUAAAGGAGGGUGGUUGGAAAGUGACGACAUUGAGGAUUUCUGAUUAAAUUUUUAUGAUAGGUACGCCGUCUCCGCCGAUCGUACAGUACAACGACGUUGAACGCCGGUUUCAGCAGACCAUUUCGCGGAGUAGAGACGUAUGCACUCUUUUGGUGACUCCUAGAAUGUCGCAAUGAAACAUUUCGGUUUUAAGG